AUGGCUGUCGCGACGACGGCCUCGGUCUAUCAGAUCGAGGAAAUCUCACAAUCCAUCCUCCUCCUAACCCUCCAAUCCGCCGCCGCCCUCGUCCUCGCGGCCCCAGCCCCUGCCCCGGGACCUGGUCCGCGGCCGGCGGCGGAAGCGUCGGGAGACCGCGAAGAGGCGCCGCGGUCGUGGCGGCUCGACUGCGGGUCCCCCGGCGUCACGGCGAUGUGCUCGGCGAGCAACAACGGCGCGCACUGCGACCCCGUGUCGGGCGAGCUGACGAUCAUCCUCGCGGGCACGUGCGGCGCUUGCAAGUGCGUGACGGAGGGGGAGUGCUCUAGGGGGUGUGGGAGAUGA